GGUUUCCUUAACACCAAGUACUUCCUGCUCGUAACCCAGAACUAAUUUUCUGCCUCUGUCAGAUGGACUGUUCAAGGGAAUGCCCCAGCCACCAGGCCCAAGUCAUGUACAUGCUUUUCCUUCCUUUUGUACUUCUCACCUACCUUGAGAGACUGUCCUGUGUUCUCUGAAUCUGGCUGGCUGAUUUUGCUGCAGCUUCGUGGUUCUAGCAACAUAAUGAGGAUCUAGGUGGUGUGGUUCCAGGUGUCUGCAGGCAUUUUUAGUUACUGUUUUGCCUAUCCUGCAGAAAGCAAAGCUGGACUACCUGAGUGGAUGAAAUCUUUGCUUCACUGAGCUAAGAUCAUCUGAGGGGUCUGCAGCCAGGAUUUUGACCUCUUUUGUAUUUUGAAAUGGCGUUUGUUUCUGAAGACUCUCUGCAAUGGCAGUAUGGCUGGAAUCCAUCUUUUAGGAACCACUGUGGCUAUAGAUAAGAGUAACAACUGAGCUUCAAGUUGUCCUCUGUCUUGGCAUCCCCAUGUGCCCCAGGCAGCUUUGCAGGAAGUUGCGAACCAAAUAAAACACAGUAAAGGAGGAAGCUGAGCUCCUACCUGGCACCUUCUGGGCAAGUGUACUCUGCUGUUGGAUGGAGAUGCUGUAGUAAUGAGGAGUUCUCAUUUUGUGUGAGGUACGGCCUAAACAUCUAACUGGAAUCCUGAACAAAAGGGACCAUCUAGGGGCAGUCUCAUUGCCUUAGCACUUCUUCCUUUUUGGCAGGCCCCCAAUUUGAUGUGCUUCAAGUUUGGAUCCCACUUUGCAGGUGCCCAACUCCUCACCUUUGAAUCAGUUGCAAGGCCUUACAAUGGCACAGAAUGAGCACUGCGUUCAAGCCUCCUUCCUGUAAAUGAUAGGACCAAACAAGGCGGUGUGAUGAACAUGCCACUGCAUCAAAUCUCUGUCAUUCCAGCUCAGGAUGUUACCUCUUCCAGAGUCUCCAGGAGCAAGACCAAAGAAAAAGAGGAACAGAACGAGAAGGCUUUGGGGCAUUCCGUGAGCCGCUCCAGUAACAUCUCAAAGGCUGGAAGUCCAACCUCUGUCUCUGCCCCUCAUAGCUUCUCUCGGACUUCUGUCACACCAUCCACCCAGGACAUCUGCAGUUCCAGUGCAGUGUUUUCUGAGUGUUGUCAUCACAGUCCAGUGCAGUCUGCUGUUGUCUUGAAAAAUCCGCACUGCCAGAGCCCUCUGACACAAGGGGUCACUGUGACAGUAAUCUGUCAGGACACGGUACAUGCAGCCAAGAGAAACUCCCAUGGGCAGGAUCGGGGCCAGGCACUCAGGUCUGCUAAGAAUGUAAAGCCCACCCGCACUCUGAAAUUCUCCAAGUCCCUCAAUGACGUGGACCAGAAGGUGCAGAGCACCAGCGAGUGCUUUGAUUAUGUGGAGCGGACACGCUCAGAAGGCAAACUGACCCUGAACCAAGACCAGUGUUUAAGGAUUAACAAAUUUCAUCUUAAAGAGAGGAAACCGCUGAAUCUCAGGCCUCUUUCCUUUAGCAAUUCUAAGCACUCCUAUAUCCCUUCCCUUUCCAACUACUCAAGUGCAUCAGGAGGAGCCGAGAACCACAGCGCUGUGCAUAUCCCCCUGCUGGAGGACAAGGUGGACCAUGACUCCUCAAGGAGCAAAAAACUGUUGCGUUACCUUUUUUCCUUCUCCCACACCUCCAGCAUCAGCAGCCUGCAUAAAUUUCAUGAACUGGAGAGCUAUUCCAGUCACUUCCAAGCUGACAAAUCCUCCAGCAUGCUGGUGGAAAGCACAGACUUCUGCUCUGAUGAUAUGGGCGAUGAUGACGUCUUUGAGGACAGCACCUCAGUGAAACUCAAACCAAAAGAGCAGCGGGCACCGCUCUGUUCAGUUGAGAAGGACAGUGACCUUGACUGCCCUUCCCCCCUCUCAGAAAAGUUACCCCCUCUGUCCCCUGUGUCCACAUCGGGGGAUACCUGCAGGAUAUGUCACUGUGAAGGAGAUGAUGAGAGCCCUUUGAUUACCCCCUGCCACUGUACGGGCAGUCUCCACUUUGUGCACCAGGCCUGCCUGCAGCAAUGGAUCAAGAGCUCGGACACGCGGUGCUGUGAGCUGUGCAAGUAUGAGUUCAUCAUGGAGACAAAGCUGAAGCCUUUGAGGAAGUGGGAGAAGCUGCAGAUGACAGCCAGCGAGAGGAGGAAGAUCAUGUGCUCUGUAACAUUCCAUAUCAUUGCCAUCACCUGCGUUGUGUGGUCUCUCUAUGUCCUGAUAGACAGGACUGCUGAAGAGAUUAAACAGGGACAAACUACCGGUAUUCUAGAGUGGCCAUUUUGGACUAAGCUGGUAGUUGUGGCUAUUGGUUUCACUGGAGGACUUCUGUUCAUGUAUGUACAAUGCAAGGUGUACGUACAGCUGUGGAAGAGACUUAAAGCUUAUAACCGAGUAAUAUAUGUACAAAACUGUCCAGAAACUAGCAAAAAGAAUAUUUUUGAAAAACCUGCACUAAUGGAGCCAAACUUUGAAAGUAAAGAAAUGUUUGGGGUUCACCAUUCAGACACAAACUCUUCACAUUACACAGAGCCAGAAGACUGUGCUGCAGAAAUCCUUCAUGUCUGAUUGCUAGCUGGAAGGGGUAUUUCCAUAUGUCCUUGAAGAUUUGAAUAUCAUUGUUUACUGCAAACUGGUCUACCUUUUUAACAUCAGCAAACAGCUGAGGGCUGGCGGAUGAAUUUUUUACAUUUGUUUUUUUGUUGGAAUUUUUAAAAAUCCCUUAGGCAUAUCUGUCAAUGUCAUCAUGGUUGCAUACCUCUCAACAUUUAGUGUCUCGUACUGGCUGAUCAAAGAGCCAGAGGAUGAGGUAUUCACAGGGUAGAAUGAGCCUUGGGUUUGGUACCAAGGAAGCCGCUAGCGAGCUGUCACCAACUUCAUGGAGUCUGUUACUUUAGAAGAUGAUUCUGAAGGGAUUCUGGAGGAUGUGUAUUGUGGGGUUGGUUGGUUGGUCGGUCUGUUCUUUAUGUGUGAUGAAGGAGGUUGUCCCAGACAGUGAGAGAAAUGAGAGGGAGUCUAAUCUACCACUAACACUGCCACUAACAUUGUGUCUCAAGCAGCAGGUGUAAAAUUUUGCUUUACAUAUUGCAAUGAGACUUACAAAGCAUAUAGCACUUUUAAAAAUCUUUAUUUUGUGAUAUGUAUGUCAAAUGAGAAUGAAACUUGAAAGAAUGUGUCAUUUUUGAAACAUUUCUUAAUUCUUUACCCCAUUUAUUCUUCUGAAACAUAAACCUCUUGCCUUAUAAAAAAAAAUUAAAUUUCAGCCUGUGAUUUCCCACACACGCCCACAUUAUCUCACUAAACGUAACACUAAAAAAUUCUGCCUCUUUGGGAUUACUUUGAGGAGCAAUUUUCUUCAAAGGAUAUUGCACUUGUGACUUGUGUAUGAGGAGUAGUGGAUGUGUAAAAUGUUUGUUUUCAGUGGUUUCAGUGUUCUGUUUUGGGGAUUGGUUUUGAUUUUUUUUUCCCCAACAGGUCAGACCAUCAACAUACCUGCUCAUAUAUACCUGAAGUAGCUUUCAUUCCAAACCAUUGGCAAAGGGUUUGUUGCUAUAUUGAUAUUGAUAAAAAUGUGAACUGUUACAGAAAAAAGGAAACUUAGUCAAUACAGCUGAAACUGGUUUUCUUUCUUUAAUGCUGUGUCAUGUGUGAAUUACCCAAGAAUUUGAUGUUGUCAGAGGAGAUGCUGACAUACAAGUCUAGGAAGUAAAUAUCACAUUAAGUGGAUAAAUUUAGAAAUACCUACUUGAUGUGAUGCACUGUGUGGUCAGAGAAUAGUAUAUAUCUGUGUUUUUGAAUUUGGGACUGGCUUUUUAAUCAGUCAGCUUUCAUGCAAAGAGAGGGACAGCUUUAAAAUCUGUUUGCAAGGCUUUUAGUUGCCCAAAGCCUGGGGUGUCUGCAGUUGAUUUGUUUGUCCAGUCUGUUUCACUGCACCACUGUCCAGCUUUAAGCCCUCAUUUAACCAAAGUCUCAGUGUGACUAGAGCAGAAACAAAGCCCCAUGAAAAGUCAGCACAUGAGGCCUCUGCAUUUGAAAGCUGACUUUCCGUACCUGAGCCCUGUCUACAUCUCUGUCAAGUCAAUGAUGAUAAUAUGGCUGGUUUUAGUAGGAGUUGCCUGGACUUCUCAGGUAAAAGUUUCUGUUUACUUGUUGAGAUAGUGAACUAAAUUCUUAGCUAUAGUUCAAGUUUCACUUAGUAUUUUUUGAAGUACAACUUUGGGUACAUUUUUUCAUAGUAAAAGCAGCUGCUUUAAGACUUCUUAAAAUAUAACAGUAAGAGAUCAGGGAUUUUUUCCUUAAAAUGUAAUAUUAAUUUAUUUCUAAAUCAAUGUUUUAAUAGAAGGCAGUGAAGCGACUCUGGUAAGAGAACACUCAUCCCAGUGGUUUCUAGAAGCUGUUAGAGGAAAAGCACAUGUGCCUCUGUCACUUCAUGCUUGAAGCUUACUGUCUGUGAUCUCCAUGAACAACGUGGUACCUUGUUCUUGAGAUGUGAUAAAACAUCCAGACCUCUGGGCAGUCCUGGUAAAGCUGCACUGGCAUGGAUUUGUGUACUGUACUAGCUGUCAGGAUGUCCCACGCUUAAGUGAUACAGGCAGACAAACCCUGCAUACCCUGCUAGUAUCAGGGCAGUCUUUGUGACCAUACACAUGCAGAGUUUGUUGCCUGUGCCUGCCAUAAUUCAAAGUGCAAUUACUCAAGACCUUUCCUGAACUCUGCUGUGGGUGAUCCUCUUCUAUUUUGAGAACCCAGAUAAUACACUGUCUCGUUUUGUUUUCUGUUUUGUUCUGUGAAAGAUUCACUAGAUAAACUCAGGUGGGUUAAGUAUCAGGUCUUGCACACCUUCAUGAUGUCCUUCAGAAAUGCCCAAGUGCACGGGCCUGCCUGUCUGUGAGAUGCUCACGUUACAGCUGUGAGAGGCGCAGGCUCAGCUGCCGAGCGAUGCUGUGCGUGUGCUCACCCUGUCUGUGACCGGCGAGGAAAGGAAGAUGGACAAGUCCUGGAUGAAACCUGGCUGUUCCCAGCUCACCUGAGCAGCUCUGGUGUGAGCAAUGUUCUGACAUGGCCGAUUCAGCACACCACAACUUGCUGGUUCUGCUUCAGCCACUGUUGUACAUAAUUCUAGGUGAAACAUUACAAAAUCUCAUUCAAUGUUUUGGAAGCUGCAUGUGGAGUGUGCCAGGUAUUGUUCAGUGUAUUCAGGGUACUGAAGGUUUUUGCUGUGCCCCUGAGUAUCUCAACUUGUGAAGAAAAAUCAUCUCCAGCAAAAUCACUUGGGGAAAAAUACUUGUGAAUGAAAAUGUUUUAGCCAGUGUUGCUGCUAACAAUUCCCUCUCCCAACAGAUCUUUUUGGAAUGAAAAUUAAGGCAAAUUAUUUAAACUCUUUAUACAGCUUAGGAAUGCUCAUACCAGGAAAGGCUGCAGAAGAGAUCCAUCUGUUGGGGGUUUCAUUUAUGCUGAUGACACUUCUCAUGUUGAUUCUUCCUUGGUGUUAAUGGUGGGCUUCUGGAGAUGCAGUUCUCUGCUUCUGCAUGGUGCCAUGAAAUGUUUGAGAAGGCUGAAUGGUGCUUUUUUCUUCUUUCUCCUCAAGAAAAUACUAUUGACUUUUUUCAGCUUCCAGCUGCGAGGCACUGAUGCCAGCUCAGGUGAGCUCUGCCCUUUCCAUUCAGAUGUCAGUAAGGGGAACAAUCACCCCCUGUUAGAUCAGGCUUUCCAGUACUUCCUUCUGGCAGCUUUUGAGAUGACUGAAAUAGAAGCCUGGUCCUUGUACCUCGGCCAAAGUUAGCUUGGGUUACUGUGAGACUUUCCUGAGACCAGAAUUUAAGUAGGAGGGAGCAGAGGCUUAAUGCCAUGUACUACAGUCCCUUCCCUAGGUUGCCAGAGCCUGUGCUGAUAUGUUCAAUGCCCCAGAUAACUGACCCCAUUCUACUAACAGCACUCCUGUCCAAAAAGACACCAUCUGGGCCAAGGAAAUUCCCCUGCUGUGUCACGUUUGAAUCUGCCAGGUCAUGAGCUUGCAUGAUGUUAGAAAUACAGGUGUGUGCUGCAGAAGGUUGAUCCUGUGUAAGAACUGAUGAGAUACUAAAUUCCUGUGGAUUCUCAGGACUUUUUUCAAGUGUAAGUCCGUGUUUUGGGAGUGAGGGUGGUGUUUAAAAUGUGCUCUGAAGAGAUGGCCAGACCCUGGGACAGCUCCCUCUGGUUGAGUGUCACUGAGAUUGGCUUUGCUUCAGCAAGGAGGCAUUCAGUGAAGACUGAAUGUGCCUGUGAAGGGUUAGAGAAGAGCUGGGCCUCUGUGCUGUACCUGGGAGUUGCUGGCAAGCAGUCAUAACUCUGUUCAGGCCAAGCCUCUGUACUGAUAGAGCACGAGGCCCACUUGGUGCUGUAAGGAAGGGGGCUGCUUGGCCUGCCACUCCAUGGUGGGAAACCUUGGAAGUGAUGCAUGGAGGUCACCGUGCACAGGAACUGGUUGCUUCUGCCCUGUGUGUGGCAGAAUAUGUAUCUAUUGCAAAGUAGGAACCAGGUGCACAUUUCUCCUAAAGCUGAUGUGUGUUAAGAUACAGAUUUCUGGUGUGGUCUGCUCUGGAGACUGGCCAGCAAUGAAAGGGGGGAGGUCAGUGACUCUGGGUUGGGUCCCUCUCAGAUAUGGGUCAAAAAGGGUAAAUACAAAAGCAAGGAUAUUGCUGGCUGGAUUUCCUUAGUGUUGUAUUAGAUACACUAAGAAAAUUUCUAAGUGGGACCUUUUAUUUUGUGAUUAUUUUUUAGUUUUGAGAUAUUGCAGUGUCUGUAUAUUCCAAUGAAGUACUGAAAGCACUUGUCUUUGUAUAGAAGAUAACUGUUUAAAAAUUGCAGCUAAUCUUGUAUUUAGGUAAAACAUUUGUAGAUAGGUGAUUGUAUAAUGUUGAAGAACUUUACACUGGCAUGUGUUGUAUAACGUUUAUACAAGACACUUCAUACUUCUGCAGAAUUUUUUAGUUAUUAAAUUUCUAGUAACUUAAUGUAUAGUUUUGUAUCCUUUCAUGUAUGUUCGUUUUCUCAGUAUUACCACUUGCAGAAUUAUUUUUAGUUUCUUAAACUGUAAUUGGUUAUUUGUGUGUGAUACACAGGGUUAUUGACUGCAGCAAUAAAGUGUUUCUAUAAAAAAAUAGUAAAACCCAAA